AUGGGUUGGAACGAGUUCCAGUUUUGGUUCUACAGGAUUGCGUUAAUUGAGGAGUUGUCUGCAAUUGAGGGCUCAAUGGCGAGCGAUUUCAAUGACCCACCAGCCGUUCAAAAUGGCAUUAAGCCUGAGCUGAGCUCGGGUGCGUUUAUUCUAAACCCGCGUCUGUUUCUCUUCUAUCAUAAUAAUGACGAAACAUGUAAAGACUCUGGAAAAUCGGUGGUCGAUGAUUUAUUGCUCAAUCAGCCAGGUACAGAAAGCCCACAACACAGCACAGCAAAAAGGAGCUGGGCGUCAAGCUCUUUAAACCCCCCUCCCCCCUUCGCUCCCUCCUCCAAACUUCGCGCAAGCCAACGCAGCCCAGCCUCAAGCAGUGGACUCUCAGCUCCGCCCGCAUCCAAUCCAUCAAAAUGUCAAGACGUCGUACUAUCUGCCCACAAAGGGCAAAUCACAACAACCUCCGAACUCGUUUGUCACGCUGCGUCUGAAGUUUUAGGUGGUACGUUACAACGCGAAUAG